GCUUUUCCGCAACAAAGACAUCGAUUGUACGCGUCGCCGCCUGCGUUUCUCCCCUUAACCGUAUUGGUUGUGUAUUUUCCUGCGUGCCUUCCGGAGCGUUUCCCCAACCGGAAUGUGUUGCGCCGCGCCCGAGGAACACGCCGUUCUAUACCGUCAACCGUGCUCCGUUGAACGACGCGCUAGCCCGCGCGCUGCACACGUACUGCCUUCUACGCUUCCGUUGACGCUGCAGCUGCACAGCGUCCAACACACCCAAUGAAGCACCGCACCGAGGCAAACAAAGUCUCCCUUGCGACGGCGAGACCCGCCUCCGCGAACGGAGGUGCGGCGGUGGCGAAAGGACUGUUGCGAUGUGUGUGUCGCACGCCGCACAUGCUGCGCCUGUCACUCGCGCUGUUUGCGGUCGUGCUCGUGUUUGUGUCUGUGGCCAACGUGCAUUGGAUUCAAGUGUCCACGGUGGUGCAGGGCGAGAAACCAAGCGCGAGUGACGUCCGCCGCCCCGGAGAUUGGAAGGACGCCGCCGCUUUUAAGGGAGUGAACGAGUCCGUGCUGCCGCCGAUGCGCGUGCGGCCGGACGACCAGGCGUGUGCGCUGUGCACGGACGGUCUGGUGUACGUGCACGUGGGCCGCGCCGCCCACGCGACGGAGGCCGUGUCUGCCGUAGCCGUGCAGCACACGGUGACGGAGGUGCUGCACGUGCGGCUUGACGAUGCGCCGACUUUCAGCGCGGGGCGCGGGCCGUCGACUGCUGCGUGGCCGAGCUCGUCGGAGGUUGUGUCGCGGUGUCUCGCACAGCUGAUCAGUCUUGGCCUGCUCGGCACUGCGCAGGGCGCGAGUCUUGCGCACGGCGGGACGGCCCCGCGUGUGAGCGCUGCGGUGCUUGUGGACUACGACGCUGCUGGGGCGGGGACGCUUGUUGGGCGUGCGGACCGGUGCCCCGCGUUCCUGGCGGAGGUGCGGCCGGUUGCUGCGUCCGCUGCCGCCGCUGGUGCUGCGACGAUGGACGUGUCGUACCCGCGGCUGCCGUCGUGGCCACUGCGUGUGGCUGGCGGUGGGGGAACGGUGCUGCCUGCGCCGCCGUACUUCGGGACUGCGACGGUGCGCGAGACGGACGUGGACCGUGACGUGCAGCCGCCCGCGUCUGUGGAGCUGACGGGUGACGGGAGCGCCGUUGUAGUGCGCUUUGGCCGCGACGAGGCGUCGAGGAGGCCGGAGCCGUUCGAGGUGGUGUGCCCGCCGCACUUCAUGUCGGUGCACAUUGGCCGCUUCGGCCGGCAGCACAACCAGGUGCAGGAGAUGCUGCACACUCUCGCGCUGUCGCACAGGACGAACCGCACCUUCAUCGUCCCCGUUUUUGCGCCGGAAAACUACAUUCCGUAUAUCCGCUACGACGCGCAGAAGGUGUACGGGUUCAACGCGCUGCGCCGCGAGGGCGGGUACUGCCUCGUGUCGUACGCCGAGGCGCGGCGUGUGCUGAAGGAGCUGGAGGCGCGGGGCGAGCCGAUGAGUCUGCGCCGCCUCAACUACCGUGGCGUUGCGCGUCCACGCGAUGCGAAGCAGUGGGCCGAUGAACUCGCCGGAGACUGGUGGCAUGUACCUCCCCGCACCGACGCGGGCGGCCGGCGGUACAACGUUGAUGCGUGGUUUGAGGAUUCGAAGCUGCGUGAGCCGCCCCUGACGAACGUGAGUGACGGCCGCGCCGAUGGUAUGCACUUCGUGGAGACGGAGGACGAGUUCACGGCGAAGGACGUGUUCCCGGACGGCGGUGAGGAGCCGUACGUGCGGGUGGCGCGGAUGCGCAAGGCGAUCACGCUGCUCGUUGAUCUGCUCGGUGGUGCCCAUGAGAGCAGACCCGCCACGAAGCCGCAGCCUCGACUGGCGGUGCUGAGCAGCCGCAUGGCGUUCUUUGUGCAUCCGCCGCUGCGGGAGCAGACGCGGCUGAUGGGGCUGCUGCGGCCUGCGGAGAACAUCACGAAGGAGGCGGACCGCUUCUACGCGGAAGCCGCCGCUGCCUACAACUGGCCGCGACUGAGGGAGGCCGGUGAUGCGGCGGGUGUGCGCGGUGCGCUGAAGCCCGGCAACUUCAAGGGCGUGAUCGGGUUCCACAUUCGUCGCCGCGAGGGCAGCUGCAGGGCGGAGGCGCUACGGAUUGAAGGACCGAACGUGGCCAUUGAUCGGCGCUUCCAACUUGAUCGGGCGAACCCGAGCUGGUCGAGCCCGCUGUCGACAGUGCGGAACAUGGAGCUGGACUGCGCGCUGACGAGGACGCGCGUGGCAGAGCUGUACCGGCAGUACACGCAGUGGAUGCGGCACAACAUGACGGAGGACGCGGCGGCCUCUGCGCAGCUUGUGCCGACGAUUUUCAUGGCCUACGACCACCAAAGCGGCCCGAUCGCUGAGCAGGUGGAGCAGCGACUGGCCGAGAUGUGGCUGAGCCGCCAACGCAGCUCGACGUGGGGCGCAGCGACUGUACGUCCUCACCGGUUUGUGGCUUCGUAUGAUGCCCGCGUUAACAUGAGUUUCGCUGCAGCGUUUAAGGCUGAGACCCGCCGACUAAACACCCAUCGGAGCGUACAGUCCGAGCCCAUCAGCGAAGAGGAGCGUCAGGUGGUGCUCACACGUAGGCUGUACGACUUUGCGUUUGCGGAGAUCUGUGCGAUGGCCGUUGACUUCUUCAUGCUGACGAAUGUAGAGGUGUUUCGCGGCAGCACGCUUUCUUCCGUGUCCAUGAACGUGAUAAUGCGUCGUUGGGGCCGCGGCUUGCCGUGCCACGGCGCGUUACCCGGGUAUAUGGUGUCGUACUACACGUCGAUGUGGUCGUAA